AUGACAACGCAGGCUCCAACACCACCAAUUACCAUCUCCACUCUCCCUGAAUCAAAAACAAAAAUCACUGCUGGCACGCCAGCUGUCUCCAGUACUACUGCCCUGCCAACACAAGCCAGCACCUCCAGGACCACAGUGGGAAGCACCACAACACCCUCAGCCAAAACUGCUCCAGGAGAAACCUCCACUGUGGCAACUCAGGCUCCAACUUCUGCCACAACCGCUUCCACAACUCCCGAAGCAAAAAUAAGAAGCACCACUGGCACCACAGCUGUCUCCACUACCACUGUUCCUCAGUCUGGAACCAGAAGCACCAUAGGUGUUAUUGAAAUAGUUUCUUCUACUGUAGAAAGUGUGUCUACCACUGUUUUUCCCAGAACCUUUAGUUCCACAGUCAGUCCAGUUGCUACAACUGGUACAUCACAAUCAAGUCAUAUUACAACAAGCACUUCUGCAAUAUUCAGUUCUUCCACCAGCACAUCUGUGACAACAGAAGCCAGUACCCAUACUGCGUCCAGCAGAGUAACUCCAUGCUUUUGUCAUGUAUUUGAUACUUUAUUUUCUCCUGGCGAAGUGGUAUACAACAGAACAGACAGAGCUGGCUGUAAUUAUUAUGCACUUUGCAGCAAGGAAUGCGAAAUUGAGCCAUUCCAGGGGCCAUGUCCUUUGACAACUCCUGUCCCUUCAGUCGCUUCAACAACUACAACACAAGGCACCUCAUCCACAGAUCACAUACUGUCUUCUGCCUCACCAACCACAGCAACAUCCCUCACAACUUCAGCAGAAAGAAACUGUACUGACGUCAAUCCUCCACGAAAGGUGGUUCCCCUCCUUACUUUCUAAUAUAUCACUGUUGCAAAACCAGCACAAUUUCUGUCCUCUAAUAGCCAAUUCAAAUCAACCUCUAAGUAUUUCAAUAAGGAAGUUGGUUGUGUAACAAAUGACCUGAUAACACACAAUUCUUUAACUUGGUAUUACCAGGUUAUUUUAAGUAAUCUGUAGGUGGAAAAGCUCACUAAGACCAUGGCAGACCAUUUGUUUAUAAUAAAAGACAUUUAAAUG